UUUUGGGGUCUAUUUUGUGUUAUUUUGGGGUCUCUAUUUGGGUUUAUUUUGGGUUUAUUUUGGGUUAUUUCGGGUUUGUUUUGGGUUAUUUUUGGGUUAUUUUGGGAUUUAUUCCGGGGUCUCUCUUUGCGAUCUUCCGUGCCUUUCAACCCGCCAGCGAAACCAACCAAUAGCAUCCCGCCAUCUUGGGGGGCUCGCCCGCUACCACCCAAUCCCAGCCGCGCACACAACGACCCCUCCCUCCCACCCAAUAGCAACCGCCGGCUCACCCGCCGCGUUUUCCCGCCGCAUCCAAUCCCCGCCUCGCGUACUCGGCGUAGGUCUCUCCUCCAAUGAGAAGGCGCGUUGUUGGCGCGGCGGGAGGCGGCGGCGCCAAGAUGGCGGCGGCGCUGGCGGUGAGCGGCGCCGGGCCCGGGCCCGGAGCGGAGGCACCGGCGGGGCCCGGCCUGGCCCCCGAGGAGGAGCUGCCGCCGCUGGACCCCGCCGAGGUGCGGAGCCGCCUGGAGCACAGCGAGCGGCAGUUGCGCAACCGGCGGAAGGUGCUGAUCCGCGGCUUACCGGCCGAUGUGAGCAACCAGGAUAUCCACGAGCUGCUGAAGGACUACGAGCUCAAGUACUGCUUUGUGGACAAGCACAAGGGAACGGCCUUCGUCACGUUGCUGACGGCCGAGCAGGCGGCCUCGGCCAUCGCCCGCUUCCAGGGCUGCACGCUGCGCCAGCGCCAGCUGCGCCUGCAGCUGCAGCCCAGCGAGGCCGUGCUCUGCGUGGCCAACCUGCCCCGCCUGCUGACGCAGCCGCAGUUCGAGGAGCUGCUGCGGCCCUUCGGCAGCCUGGAGCGCUGCUUCCUGGUCUACAGCCGCGCCACGGGCCACUCCAAGGGCUACGGCUUCGUGGAGUUCAUGAGGAGGGACGCGGCGGCGCGGGCGCGCUCCGAGCUGCAGGGCAGGCGGCUGGGCACGCGCGCCCUGCACGUGCACUGGGCCGACGCGGCGCGCCUCGGCCCCGAGCUGCUGCACUCGCGCUGCCUCUGCGUGGACAGGCUGCCCCGCGGCUUCUGCGACCUGCAGCGGCUGCGCGCCGUGUUCGAGGGGACCUGUGCACCCUCAUUCUGCCAGCUGGCCUUCGGGCAGGACGGGCAGCCCAAGGGCUUUGCCGUGCUGGAGUUCGAGUCCCCGGAGGCGGCCGAGCGAGCCCAGCUGGCCACGGACGGCUUCCCGCUGGCCGGGCAGCGCCUCCGCGUGUCCUUCUGCGCGCCCGGCCCGUCCGGCCGCAGCACGCUGGCCGCGCUGCUGGCCGCGCAGGCCACGGUGAGCCCUCAGCCUCAGCCUCGGCUUCAUCCUCACCAUCAGCCUCAUCCUCACCGUCAUCCUCAUACUCACUGUCAUCCUCAUCCUCAUCCUCACCGUCAUCCUCAU